UCAGUGAGCCUCCGCUGCAAGGGACAAGUCAGGGGCCCUGCCAGGAGUCCAGGGCUGCCGAGGGGAGCCUGCCCUGCCCUGCCCUGAGACAUCUUUCAUUGGGGGACGAGGCAGGUGCAGAGGGUAGCAGCCACUCCAUCUGCAGCCUCGUAAACCAUGCCAGCUCAAUAUGCUCUAACCUCUAGUCUGGCUUUCCUGGUGCUACUGGGCACAGCCGGAGCAGGCCCCUUCUCUCCACGGUCCAAUGUGACGAUCCCAGGCCCACGGCCCCCUCCCCAGCCAGGAGGCCGCAGAGGAGAGGCAGGAGCAGGGAGACCCUCCUCUCAGCUUUAUGAGCACACGGUGGAAGGAGGGGAAAAGCAGGUGGUGUUCACGCAUCGCAUUAACCUGCCCCCUUCUGCUGGCUGUGGCUGUCCCCCGGGCACCGAACCCCCCGUGCCUGCCUCAGAGGUACAGGCCCUGAAGGUCCGGCUGGAGAUCCUGGAGGAGCUGGUGAAGGGUCUGAAGGAGCACUGUUCCGGAGGGUGCUGCCCUACUGCUGCCCAGGCUGGCACAGGCCAGACAGACGUGCGCAGCCUCUGCAGCCUCCACGGUGUGUUUGACCUGAGCCGCUGCGCCUGUUCCUGCGAGCCCGGCUGGGGUGGACCCACCUGCUCAGACCCCACCGACACGGAGACGCCCACCUCUUCCCCGCCCUCGGCCUCGGGGGCCUGUCCAGAUGACUGCAACGAUCAGGGUCGCUGUGUCCGAGGACGCUGCGUGUGCUUCCAGGGCUACAGCGGCCCCAGUUGUGCCUGGCCCUCCUGCCCGGAGGACUGCCAAGGCCGCGGGCGCUGCGUGCAAGGGGUGUGCGUGUGCCGCGCGGGCUUCACGGGCCCCGACUGCAGCCAGCGCUCCUGCCCUGGGAACUGCAACCAGAGAGGCCGCUGCGUGGACGGGCGCUGCGUGUGCAACCCCGGCUACACCGGCGAGGACUGCGGGGUGCGCAGCUGUCCCCGGGGCUGCAACCAGAGAGGCCGCUGCGUGGACGGACGCUGCGUGUGCAACCCCGGCUACACCGGCGAGGACUGCGGGGUGCAGAGCUGCCCCCGGGACUGCGGCGAAGGAGGGCGCUGCGUGGACGGCCGCUGCGAGUGCUGGCCCGGGUACGCGGGUGAGGACUGUAGCACGCGCACGUGCCCACGCGGCUGCCAGGGCCGGGGCCGCUGCGAGGACGGAGAAUGCAUCUGUGACCCCGGCUACACCGGCGAGGACUGCGGCGUGCGCAGCUGCCCCGGGAACUGCCACCAACGGGGCCGCUGUGAGGACGGGCGCUGCGUGUGCUGGCCGGGGUACACCGGGCCCGACUGCGGGGCGCGCGCCUGCCCACGCGACUGCAGAGGCCGCGGGCGCUGCGAGGACGGCGUGUGCGUGUGCAACCCCGGCUACACAGGCGAGGACUGCGGCGUGCGCAGCUGCCCCGGGGACUGCCUCGGCCGGGGACGCUGCGAAAGUGGGCGCUGCGUGUGCUGGCCCGGAUACACCGGCCGGGACUGUGGCACGCGCGCCUGCCCCGGAGACUGUCGCGGCCGUGGGCGCUGCGUGGACGGCCGCUGCGUGUGCAACCCAGGAUUCACCGGCGAGGACUGCGGGAGCCGGCGCUGCCCCGGGGACUGCCGUGGGCACGGCCGCUGUCAGGAGGGUGUGUGCGUGUGCGACGCGGGCUACACCGGCGAGGACUGCGGCGUUCGCAGCUGUCCCGGAGGCUGUCGAGGCCGCGGCCAGUGCCUGGACGGGCUCUGCGUGUGCGACGAGGGCUACUCGGGCGGGGACUGCGGCGUGCGACGGUGCCCACGCGACUGCAGCCAGCGGGGCGUGUGCCAGGAUGGUGUGUGCGCCUGCUGGGAGGGCUACGCGGGAGAGGACUGCGCCACCCGCUCCUGCUCGGCCGACUGCCACCGGCGCGGCCGCUGCGAGGACGGGCGCUGCGUGUGUGACCCUGGCUAUACCGGCCCCGCCUGCGCCACCCGCACCUGCCCCGCCGACUGUCGCGGCCGUGGGCGCUGUGUGCAGGGGGUGUGCGUGUGCCACGCGGGCUACGGCGGCGAGGACUGUGGGCAGGAGGAGCCUCCUGCCAGCGCCUGUCCCGGGGGCUGCGGGCCCCGCGAACUGUGCCGGGGAGGCCAGUGUGUGUGCGUGGAGGGCUUCCGAGGCCCAGACUGCGCCAUCCAAACGUGCCCUGCGGACUGUCAGGGAAGGGGAGAGUGUCUCCAGGGCAGAUGCGUCUGCCAAGAUGGCUAUGCUGGGGACGACUGCGGCGAAGAGGUGCCAGCCGUCGAGAACAUGAGGAUGCACCUCCUGGAAGAGACGACAGUCCGCACAGAGUGGACCAGGGCUCCUGGUCCUGUGGAUGCCUAUGAAAUCCAAUUCAUCCCCAUGACCGAGGGGACAAGCCCACCAUUCACAGCACGGGUGCCCAGCUCUGCCUCAGUCUAUGACCAGAGAGGACUGGCCCCCGGUCAGGACUACCAAGUCACUGUCCGUGCUCUUCGAGGGACUGGCUGGGGUCCUCCUACCUCUAAGACCAUCACCACUAUGAUCGAUGGUCCCCAGGACCUCCGAGUGGUGGGUGUGACUCCCACCACACUGGAUCUCAGCUGGCUGCGCCCCCAGGCUGAGGUGGACCGAUUUGUGGUGUCCUACGUCAGUGCUGGUAACCAAAGGGUACGGCUGGAAGUUCCCCCUGAAGCAGACAGGACUCAGCUGACUGACCUGAUGCCAGGUGUGGAAUACGUGGUGACCGUCACAGCAGAGAGGGGCCGUGCAGUCAGCUACCCUGCAUCUGUCAGAGCCAACACAGGGUCCUUACCCUCUGGCCUCUUGGAGGCUACUGAUGAGCCUCCUCCCUCAGGCCCCUCCACGACCCAAGGGGCCCAGGCCCCUAUCCUGAUCCUGGAGCACCACCCGCAGGAGCUGGGAGAGUUGAAGGUGCUGGGCAGAGACAAGACAGGGCGCCUCCAAGUGGCCUGGACUGCCCAGCCCGACACCUUUGCCCACUUCCAGCUGCGCCUGCUGGUGGCCAAGGGGCCGCAGACGCAUGAGGAACUGCUGCCGGGAGAUGUCCGACAAGCUCUGGUGCCCCCGCCCCCUCCCGGAGCCCCCUACACACUGUUCCUCCAUGGGAUCACCCCUGGGGGCAAGCCCUCUUUUCCCAUCACCUACCAAGGCAUUAUGGACAGGACUGAGAAUCAGCCUGGGAAGCCGUCAGUCCCGCCUCGCCUAGGUGAGCUGACAGUGACAGGCCUGACCUCUGACUCCCUGCUUCUGCACUGGACUGUCCCCGAGGGGGAAUUUGACUCCUUCAUGAUCCAGUACAAGGACAAAGAUGGACCCCAGGUGAUGCCUGUGGAGGGGCCCCAGCGCACAGCACCCAUCACAUCCCUGGAACCGGGACGCAAGUAUAAAUUUGUCCUGUAUGGGCUUGUCGGCAAGAAGAGGCAUGGCCCUUUGGUGGCUGAAGCCAAGAUCGUGCCUCAGAGCGAACUCAGCCCAGGAACCCCACCUCGCCUGGGAGAACUGUGGGUGACAGACCCUACCCCAGACUCACUGCAUGUCUUCUGGACGGUCCCUGAGGGCCAGUUUGACUCCUUCAUGGUUCAAUAUAGAGACAAGGAAGGACGGCCCAUUGUGGUACCAGUGGAGGGGCCCGAGCGCUCAGUGGUGGUCUCCCCCCUAGACCCCAAUCACAAGUACAGAUUCACUCUGUUUGGAAUUGCCAACAAGAAGCGGUACGGCCCCCUCGUGGCUGACGGCACUACUGCCCCAGAGAGGAAAGAACCACCUCACCCCAAGUCCCCUGAGCGGCCCCUCCUGGGGGAGCUGACGGUGACUGGCGUGACCCCAGACUCUCUGCGCCUGUCCUGGACUGUGGCCAAGGGCCCCUUCGACUCCUUUGUGGUCCAGUACAAGGAUGCACAGGGGCAGCCUCAGGCGGUGCCCAUCACGGGGGAGGAGAAUGAGGUCACCAUCCCUGGCCUGGAGUCCAACCGGAAGUAUAAGAUGAACCUCUAUGGGCUGCGUGGCAGGCAGCGUGUGGGGCCCGUGUCUUUGGUGGCCAAGACGGCCCCACUGGACAUUGUGAACGAGACCCCCAGACCCACAGAAUCUAGCACAGAGGCCCCAGAGCCCCCUGAGAAGCCUCGCCUGGGGGAGCUGACUGUGACAGAUUCCACUCCUGAUUCCCUGAGCCUGUCCUGGACGAUCCCUGAGGGACAAUUUGACCACUUCGUGGUCCAGUACAGAAAUGGAGAUGGGCAUCCAAAGGUGGUGCGGGUGCCAGGACACGAGGACCAGGUCACCAUCCCAGGCCUGGAGCCAGACCACAAGUACAAGAUGAACCUGUAUGGUAUCCACAGUGGCCAGCGCGUGGGCCCCGUGUCUGCCAUUGGGGUGACAGCUACAGAGGAAGAGACCCCCAGCCCCACAGAGCCCAGCACAGAGGCCCCGGAGUCCCCUGAGGAACCGCUCCUGGGAGAGCUGACAGUGACAGGAUCCUCCCCAGACUCCCUGAGCCUCUCCUGGACCGUCCCCCAGGGCGAGUUUGACUCCUUCACUGUCCAGUACAAGGACAGGGAUGGGCGGCCCCAGGUGGUGCGUGUCGGGGGCCAGGAGAGGGAGGCCACGGUGAGGGACCUGGAGCCUGGAAGGAAGUACAAGAUGAACCUGUAUGGGCUCCGCGAGGGGCAGCGUGUGGGCCCCGUGUCCACCGUGGGCGUGACCGCCUCUCAACCAGAAGAGACCACUCCAGCCACUGAGCCCCGCCUGGAGCCACGCCUGGAGGAGCUGACAGUGACAGGUGUGACCCCCAAUUCUGUGAGCCUCUCCUGGACAGUUCCUGAGGGACAGUUUGAUUCCUUCACGGUUCAGUACAAGGACAAGGACGGGCAGCCCCAGGAGGUGCCUGUGGCUGCAGACCAACGUGAGGUCACCAUCCCUGACCUGGAGCCUUCAAGAAAAUACAAGAUGAACUUCUAUGGGCUACAUGGCAGACAACGUGUGGGUCCCCUUUCUGUGGUAGCCAUGACAGACCCCCUCCCACCAGCUCCAGUACCAACUGCCAAGUUCUCCCUGGAGCCACACCUGGGGGCACUGACAGUGACAUCUGUGAGCCCAGACUCUGUGGACCUCUCGUGGACUGUCCCUGAGGGUGAAUUCGACUCCUUUGUGGUCCAGUACAAGGACAGGGAUGGGCAGCCCCAGGUGGUGCCGGCCGCAGCAGACCAGCGUGAGGUGACCGUCCCAGGCCUGGAGGCCAAUAGGAAAUACAAGUUCCUGCUCUUCGGGAUCCAGGAUGGGAAACGACGUAUCCCAGUCUCUGUGGAGGCAAAGACAGCCACCGGACAUGACGCCAGCUCAGUGGCUCCUCCCCGCCUUGGGGAGCUAUGGGUGACAGAUCCCACCAUGGAUUCUCUGCGCUUGACCUGGACCGUCCCUGAGGGCCACUUUGACUCUUUUGUGGUCCAGUACAAAGACAGAGAUGGGCAAACCCAACUGGUGCCUGUGGAGGGCCAUGAGCGCUCAGCCGUUAUCAUGCCCCUGGAUGCAGGCCACAAAUACAGAUUCCUCCUCUAUGGACUCCUGGGCAAGAAGCGUUUCCGCCCCCUCACUGCAGAUGGCGCCACGGAGUCCAUGAAUGAAGUGGACCACACGGAACUAAAGCAUCCUCCGAAACCGCGACUGGGAGAGGAGCUGCAGGUGACCAGCGUGACCCAAGACUCCGUGGACCUCUCCUGGACCGUCCCUGAGGGCCAAUUUGACUCCUUCACAGUCCAGUACAAAGACAGAAAUGGGCAGUCCCAGCUGGUGCCUGUGGAGGGCAACCGUAGGGAGGUCAGCAUCUUGGGCCUAGACCCUGCCCGAAGGUACAAGCUGCUGCUCUACGGCCUGUACAAAAGCAAGCGAGUGGGUCCCCUCUCUGUCAUCGCUGUGACUGCCCCUAAAGAGCAACCUGAAGCUUGGACGGAGGCCCCCACUUCUCCUGCGGUUGUGCCCCGCCUCAGGGAGCUGACAGUGGAGGAGGCCACGCCACACAGCUUGCAUCUCUCCUGGCUGGUGACUGAGGGAGAAUUUGACUCCUUUGAGGUCCAGUACACAGACAGAGAUGGACAACUCCAAGUGGUCAGCACAGGGGGCAACCACAGUGACAUCACGCUCACUGGCCUGGAGUCUGACCACAGAUACCUGGUGACCCUGUAUGGUUUCCAUGAUGGACAGCGUGUAGGUCCUGCUCAAAUUGAGGCCCUGACAGUGCCCUGGGAGGAAGAGGAUGAACCCUCAGAACCGCCUACCACGACCCCGGAGCCUCCCCCCAAACCCCUCCUGGGAGAGCUGACAGUAAUGGACACCACUUCUGACUCCCUGAGCUUGUCCUGGACGGUCCCAGAGGGACAGUUUGACCAUUUCCUGGUCCAGUACAAGAACGGGGAUGGACAGCCUAAGGCGUUGCGGGUACCAGGGCACGAAGACCAGGUCACCAUCUCUGGCCUGGAGCCAGACCACAAGUACAAGAUGAACCUCUAUGGCUUCCACAGUGGUCAGCGUGUGGGCCCCGUGUCUGCUGUCGGGGUGACAGCUGCAGAGGAAGAGACCCCCAGCCCCACAGAGCCCAGCACGGAGGCCCCGGAGCCCCCUGAAGAACCGCUCCUGGGAGAGCUGACAGUGACAGGAUCCUCCCCAGACUCCCUGAGCCUCUCCUGGACCGUCCCCCAGGGCGAGUUUGACUCCUUCACUGUCCAGUACAAGGACAGGGAUGGGCGGCCCCAGGUGGUGCGUGUCGGGGGCCAGGAGAGGGAGGCCACAGUGAGGGACCUGGAGCCUGGAAGGAAGUACAAGAUGAACCUGUAUGGGCUCCGUGAGGGGCAGCGUGUGGGCCCCGUUUCCACCGUGGGUGUGACUGUCCCUGAAGAGGAGCCCACGGAAACCCCGCCUCUGAAGCCACGACUCGGGGAGCUCACCGUGACAGACGCCACCCCUGACUCCCUGAGCCUGGCCUGGACAGUCCCCGAAGGACAGUUUGACCACUUCCUGGUGCAGUACAGGAAUGGGGAUGGGCAGCCAAAGGUGGUGCGGGUGCCAGGACACGAGGACCAGGUCACCAUCCCGGGCCUGGAGCCAGACCACAAGUACAAGAUGAACCUGUACGGCAUCCACAGUGGCCAGCGCAUGGGCCCCGUGUCUGCUGUCGGGGUGACGGCUGCAGAGGAAGAGACCCCCAGCCCCACAGAGCCCAGCACGGAGGCCCCGGAGCCCCCUGAAGAACCGCUCCUGGGAGAGCUGACAGUGACAGGAUCCUCCCCAGACUCCCUGAGCCUCUCCUGGACCGUCCCCCAGGGCCAGUUUGACUCCUUCACUGUCCAGUACAAGGACAGGGAUGGGCGGCCCCAGGUGGUGCGUGUCGGGGGCCAGGAGAGGGAGGCCACGGUGAGGGACCUGGAGCCUGGAAGGAAGUAUAAGAUGAACCUGUACGGGCUCCGCGAGGGGCAGCGUGUGGGCCCCGUGUCCACCGUGGGCGUGACCGACCCAUUGGAUGAAGUUGUGACCACUCAGGUGGUGCCCACCACGACCCCUGAGCCCCCUGCAGAGAAGCCCCGCUUGGGAGAGAUGACUGUGACAGAGGCCACCCCUGACUCCUUGAGCCUGUCCUGGAUGGUUCCUGAGGGACAGUUUGACCACUUCUUGGUGCAGUACAAGAAUGGGGAUGGACAGCUCAAGGUGUUGCGGGUACCAGGGCAUGAGGACCAGGUUACCAUCUCUGGUCUGGAACCAGACCACAAGUACAAGAUGAACCUGUAUGGCUUCCACAGAGGUCAGCGUGUGGGCCCUGUGUCUGCUGUCGGGGUGACGGCUGCAGAGGAAGAGACCCCCAGCCCCACAGAGCCCAGCACGGAGGCCCCGGAGCCCCCUGAGGAACCACUCCUGGGAGAGCUGACGGUGACAGGAUCCUCCCCAGACUCCCUGAGUCUCUCCUGGACCGUCCCCCAGGGCCAGUUUGACUCCUUCACUGUCCAGUACAAGGACAGGGACGGGCGGCCCCAGGUGGUGCGUGUUGGGGGCCAGGAGAGGGAGGCCACGGUGAGGGACCUGGAGCCUGGAAGGAAGUACAAGAUGAACCUGUACGGGCUCCGCAAGGGGCAGCGUGUGGGCCCCGUGUCCACCAUGGGCGUGACCGACCCAUUGGAUGAAGUUGUGACCACUCAGGUGGUGCCCACCACGACCCCUGAGCCCCCUGCAGAGAAGCCCCGCUUGGGAGAGAUGACUGUGACAGAGGCCACCCCUGACUCCUUGAGCCUGUCCUGGAUGGUUCCUGAGGGACAGUUUGACCACUUCUUGGUGCAGUACAAGAAUGGGGAUGGACAGCUCAAGGUGUUGCGGGUACCAGGGCAUGAGGACCAGGUCACCAUCUCUGGUCUGGAACCAGACCACAAGUACAAGAUGAACCUGUAUGGCUUCCACAGAGGUCAGCGUGUGGGCCCCGUGUCUGCUGUCGGGGUGACAGCUGCAGAGGAAGAGACCCCCAGCCCCACAGAGCCCAGCACGGAGGCCCCGGAGCCCCCUGAGGAACUGCUUCUGGGAGAGCUGACGGUGACAGGAUCCUCCCCAGACUCCCUGAGCCUCUCCUGGACUGUCCCCCAGGGCCAGUUUGACUCCUUCACUGUCCAGUACAAAGACAGGGACGGGCGGCCCCAGGUGGUGCGUGUCGGGGGCCAGGAGAGGGAGGCCACGGUGAGGGACCUGGAGCCUGGAAGGAAGUACAAGAUGAACCUGUACGGGCUCCGUGAGGGGCAGCGUGUGGGCCCCGUGUCCACUGUGGGCGUGACCGAGGAUGAAGCUGUAACCACACAGGUGGUGCCCACCACGACCCCUGAGCCUCCCCCCAAACCCCGCCUGGGAGAGCUGACUGUGACAGAUUCCACCCCUGACUCCCUGAGCCUGUCCUGGACAGUCCCCGAAGGACAGUUUGACCACUUUCUGGUCCAGUACAAGAACGGGGAUGGACAACCCAGGGCAUUGCAGGUACCAGGGCACGAGGACCAGGUCACCAUCUCUGGCCUGGAGCCAGACCACAAGUACAAGAUGAACCUGUAUGGCAUCCACAGUGGUCAGCGUGUGGGUCCCGUGUCUGCUGUCGGGGUGACAGCUACAGAGGAAGAGACCCCCAGCCCCACAGAGCCCAGCACGGAGGCCCCGGAGCCCCCUGAGGAACCGCUCCUGGGAGAGCUGACAGUGACAGGAUCCUCCCCAGACUCCCUGAGCCUCUCCUGGACCGUCCCCCAGGGCGAGUUUGACUCCUUCACUGUCCAGUACAAGGACAGGGAUGGGCGGCCCCAGGUGGUGCGUGUCGGGGGCCAGGAGAGGGAGGCCACGGUGAGGGACCUGGAGCCUGGAAGGAAGUACAAGAUGAACCUGUAUGGGCUCCACGAGGGGCAGCGUGUGGGCCCUGUGUCCACUGUGGGUGUGACCGCCUCCCUGCCCACACAGCCCCCUGUGGAGCCCCGCCUCGGGGAGCUGGCGGUGGCAGAGGUGACUUCCCACACUGCACACCUGUCCUGGACGGUGGCCCAGGGCUCCUUUGACUCCUUCCUGGUUCAGUACAAGGAUGCACAGGGGCGGCCCCAGGCCGUGCCAGUGAGCCGAGACCUGAGCGAAGUCACCAUCUCGGGUUUGGACCCGGCCCGAAAAUACAAGUUUCUACUCUUUGGACUCCUGGAUGGGAAGCGCCAUGGCCCUGUCUCCCUGGAUGUAAAGACUAUCUCAGACACUAAGCCCCCUCCCCAUCUUGGGGAGCUGGCAGUGACAGACGUGACCCAGAACUCUGUGGGGCUCUCGUGGACUGUCCCUGAGGGUGAAUUCGACUCCUUUGUGGUCCAGUACAAGGACAGGGAUGGGCAGCCCCAGGUGGUGCCAGUGGCAGCAGACCAGCGUGAGGUGACCAUCCCAGGCCUGGAGGCCAAUAGGAAAUACAAGUUCCUGCUCUAUGGCCUGGCAGGCAGAAAGCGGCUGGGACCUGUCUCUGCUGAGGGCACCACAGCUCCCCAGCCCCGCCUAGGGGAACUGGCGGUGACAGAAGAGACCUCCAACACUCUACACCUCUCCUGGACCAUGGUCCAGGGCCCCUUUGAUUCCUUCCUGGUCCAGUACAGAGACAGGGAUGGGCAGCCCCAGACAGUGCCUGUGCCCGCAGACCAGCUUGAGGUCACUAUAGAGAGUCUAGAGCCAAGCAGGAAAUACAAGUUUCUGCUCUAUGGACUCUUUGGAGGAAAGCGCCUGGGGCCGGUCUCUGCCGUGGGGGUCACAGCCCCAGAAGAGGACACACCAGCCCCAGAGACCCCUGAGCCCACUGAGCCACCCCACCUGGGGACGUUGACAGUGACAGAGGCAACGCCAGACUCCCUGCGCCUCUCCUGGGGUGUGGCCCGUGGCCCCUUUGACUCAUUUGUGAUCCAGUAUCAGGACACAGAGGGGCAACCCCAGGCUUUGCUUGUGGAUGGUGACCAGGACAAAGUCCUCAUCUCGGGCCUGGAGCCCAGUACCUCCUACAAGUUCUUCCUCUAUGGCCUGCAUGAAGGGACGCGCCAUGGACCUGUCUCUGCUGAGGGCACCACAGGUCCAGCUCCUGCGGGUCAGACCCCAGGGGACCCAGGGCCCCGCCUGUCCCAGCUGUCCGUGACUAAUGUGACUACCACUUCUCUGUGGCUCAACUGGGAGGCUCCACUUGGGGCCUUCGACUCCUUCCUGCUCCGCUUUGGGGUCCCCUCACCAAGUACCCUGGAGCCAUAUCCUCGUCCUCUGCUCCAGCGGGAGUUGAUGGUGCCAGGGACCAGGCGCUCAGCUGUGCUUCGGGACCUGCGUCCUGGGACCCUGUACAGCCUUACACUGUACGGGCUGCGGGGGCCGCACAAGGCUGACAGCAUUCAGGGCACGGCCCGUACCCUCAGCCCAGUUCUGGAGAGCCCCCGUGACCUCCAAUUCAGCGAAAUUGGGGAGACGUCGGCCAGAGUCAACUGGAUACCACCGGCAUCCAGAGUGGACAGCUUCAAAGUUUCCUACCAGCUGGCAGACGGAGGAGAACCCCAGAGUGUGCUGGUGGACGGCCGGACGCAGACCCAGCUCCUCCAGGGGCUGAGCCCAGACACUCGGUAUGAGGUGACUGUGGUCUCUGUCCGUGCCUUUGAGGAGAGUGAGCCCCUCACAGGCUUCCUCACCACAGUUCCCGAUGGUCCCACCCAGCUGCGAGCGCUCAACUUGACGGAGGGAUCCACCCUGCUGCACUGGACGCCCCCCCACAAACCUGUGGACCAAUACAGCGUCAGGGUCGCAGCCCCCGGGGCCCCACCUCUACAGGCCUCCGCACCAGGCAGCGCCGUGGACUAUCCCCUGCGGGACCUGGUGCUCCACACCAACUACACAGCCACUGUGCGUGGCCAACGAGGUCCCAACUACACCUCCCCAGCCAGCAUCACCUUCACCACGGGACUGAAGGCCCCCCAGGACUUGGAGGCCAAAGAAGUCACUCCUCGAACGGCCCUGCUUACUUGGACUGAGCCCCAAGUCCCACCCACAGGCUACCUGCUGAGUUUCAACAUGCCUGGAGGACAGAGCCAGGAGAUCCUGCUCCCGGCAGGGUCCACCUCGCACCGGCUUCUCCGCCUCUUCCCCUCCACCCCCUACAGCGCCCGGCUCCAGGCAGUGUGGGGAGAGAGCCUCACGCCACCAGUGUCCACCUCCUUCACUACUGGUGAGCUGAGGGUCCCCUUCCCCCGGGACUGUGGAGAAGAGAUGCAGAACGGGGCCAGCGCCUCAAAGACCACCACCAUCUUCCUCAACGGCAACCGAGAGCGGCCCUUGGAUGUGUUUUGUGACAUGGAGACCGAUGGGGGCGGCUGGCUGGUGUUCCAGCGCCGCAUGGAUGGACAGACGGACUUCUGGAGGGACUGGGAGGAUUAUGCCCACGGCUUUGGGAACAUCUCCAGGGAGUUUUGGCUGGGCAACGAGGCCCUGCACAGCCUGACACAGGCUGAAGACUACUCCAUGCGUGUGGACCUGCGGGCUGGAAAUGAGGCUGUGUUCGCUCAGUAUGACUCCUUCCGGGUAGACUCUGCGGCUGAAAACUACCGCCUCCACCUGGAGGGUUACCAUGGCACCGCAGGGGACUCCAUGAGCUACCACAGCGGCAGCGUCUUUUCCGCCCGUGAUCGAGACCCCAACAACUUGCUCAUCUCCUGUGCUGUCUCCUACCGUGGGGCCUGGUGGUACAGGAACUGCCACUAUGCCAACCUCAACGGGCUCUACGGGAGUACAGUGGACCACCAGGGAGUGAGCUGGUAUCACUGGAAGGGCUUCGAGUUCUCCGUGCCCUUCACGGAAAUGAAGCUGAGACCCAGAAACUUCCGGGCCCCCACCGGGGGCGGCUAAGCUGCUGCCCGCCUCUCUCACCCCAGUAUGACUGCCGAGCACUGAGGGGUCGUGCCAGGGAAGAGCCAGCACUCCUCCACCACCUAGACAGCUGAGGAAGCCUUCUCUGCCACGGUCUCACAGCACCAUGUUUACAGGGGGGAGGGGAGGGCUUGGUGUGGGAGCAAUAAAGGAGAAACUGAGGCAC